GUUUCAGUGAAUGAGAUGAGCCAACUGGACAGCCGGGUGAAUACUCACUCUUGACUGACUACAAUCCCAUAUACAAGCUAACGUACAAGCAUGGCGAAUAAAUCAAUCUAUGAUUUCUCUGUGGAGACCCUGAAUGGACAGCCAGUUCCGCUAAGUAACUACAGGGGUAAAGUGCUUCUCAUCAUCAACGUUGCUACUUUCUGAGGGUCAACAAUAGAGGAGUACCACCGCCUGAAUGCACUGAUGGAAAUGUAUGGCGACCUUAACUUCACUGUACUGGGAUUCCCCAGCAACCAGUUCGGCCUUCAGUCACCUGAAGUCAAUCAUGAGAGCCUCAACGUUCUUAAGUACGUGAGACCUGGUGGGGGGUUUGUGCCAAAGUUUCCUGUCUUUUCAAAGGUUGAGGUGAAUGGAAUAAAUGAAGAGCCUCUUUUCACCUAUCUAAAGGAAUCUUUGCCAUAUGUAAACCCUGUUAUCGGAGAUGGGAAGAAAUUCUACUGGUCCCCGAUAAAAGUCAAUGAUAUACGGUGGAAUUUUGAAAAAUUCCUAAUUACCGCAGAUGGAUUGCCCUUCAAAAGGUAUGAACUUCAUUGCCCCAUUGAGAAUGUGGAGAAGGACAUAGCAGAACUUCUCUGAUUGAUUUUCUUCAAUUUGUCAACGGCGGCAGAGUGACGAUCCCCCAGUAAAUGCAUUCUUGCACCUGAGCUGGAUCUGAUAGGGAGAGGAACGAGGGAUCAGGGCUUUAGUGCAUUCACUCUGAGAACAAGUUCCCUUCAGUCGCUGGAAGAGUUUUCAUGUUACUGUCCCACUUUGCUCUGGUGAUGGUGUCUGCCACUGUCA